UCGCAUUUCAUACAAUUUUAUUUUAAUUAUUUUUGUUAUUACUUUUUAACUGUGGGAGGAGCAAUAACUAAUCCUGGAGGAAAGGUUAGAACCAUUGGCUAAGAAGCAGCAAACUUGACAACUCGUCAACGCGGGAAGAGGCGGAUUUAAAACACAAGCGCGCAAGUUAAAGUUCUUACCGGUAGAACUGUUGUUGGAGGAAGUUAAUGACUAGUAUUUUUGUAUAUAAAUACUAAUUUUCACUUACAAAAAUAAAAUGGUUAGGACUAAAGCUGACUGUGCUUCUGGAUCCUACAGAAAAGCUGUUGCUGCUAAAGCGCCCAGGAAGACUUUUGGUUCAGCCAGUACCUCUAAUUCCUUGACAUCUCCUUCUGGCAAAAAAUCUGAAAAUAAGUAUGCAGGGGGGAAUCCUGUUUGUGUAAGACCUAUACCAAAAUGGCAAAAGGGAAUUGGAGAGUUUUUUGGCUCGCCUAGCAAAACUGAAAAAGAGAACAGAAAUCCUUCUGAUGAUGAAGAGGCAGGAGGCAGUGGACUCGGAAAGGCGCCAAGAAAAGCACGCCCUCUGCCAGAGGAGGAGGAAGAGGAUGCAGGGCCAGAGGAGGAAGAGGAUGCAGCAUCGGAAGAAAACUAAUUUACCAGAACUGGAUCACCUUGUAAAGCCAUCGUUCAUACUUGAAACUGCUGUCCUGUCUAUAUGAAAGGUGUAUAUUUUGUAUAUAGCUUGUGCAUUUAUUGAAUAUCUAGUACUAGUACAAAUUGUACAGAACUGAACAUUAAAUAAAACUUAAUUAUGGUUUUUAAA